UCCUUCCCUACCAGAGACAGUCUUUUCUGACCAGGUUAGCAGAUUAGUGCCAGAACACCCUCAGUAAAGAUGGGAGACUGGGGAUUUUUGUCUUCCUUGCUGGAAAAAGUCCAGUCCCACUCCACUGUGAUUGGGAAGAUCUGGAUGAGCGUCCUGUUCCUCUUCAGGAUCAUGGUUCUGGGAGCAGGAGCAGAAAGCGUUUGGGGCGACGAGCAGUCGGAUUUUACCUGCAACACCCAGCAGCCCGGUUGUGAGAACGUCUGCUAUGACAGGACCUUCCCCAUCUCGCACAUCCGCUUCUGGGUCCUCCAGAUCAUCUUCGUGUCCACUCCGACGCUGAUCUACCUGGGCCAUGCCAUGCAUGUCAUCCAACAGGAGAACAAGCUGAGGGAGCAGAUAGCCAGCCCUGAUGGGCCACGGACGCUCAAACAGCCCAAAUACAGCGAUGAGAAGGGACACAUCAAGAUCAAGGGGAACCUGCUGGGGAGCUACCUGACCCAGCUCGUCUUCAAGAUCAUCAUUGAGUCAGCCUUCAUCGUGGGACAGUACUACCUGUAUGGCUUUGUCAUGGUGCCAAUGUUCCCCUGCUCCAGGAAGCCCUGUCCCUUCACCGUGGAGUGCUACAUGUCCCGUCCCACAGAGAAGACCAUCUUUAUAAUCUUUAUGCUAGUGGUGGCCUGUGUCUCUCUGGUCCUCAAUGUUGUCGAAUUGUUAUAUCUGAUCUGCACCAGGGUGCGGUGUGGGUCUAAGCGUCGCACCCACCGGGUCACCUCAGCGGAACACCCAGCCAGCCUGUCAGGCCCCAGGUGGCCGACCUCAGAGGAAACACUGAGGCAGAACAAGAUGAACAUGGAGCUGGAGAACCACAGCGUGGGAGGCAGCCUGGAUGGAGCCAAAGAGGAGAAACGACUACUGAGCGGACAUUAAAAUCAUAACUGUUUUAAUACCUUCAAAAGACUGGUACCAAUGUGUUUAUUUCAGCAAAGGCUUGGCAUUGUGUGAUCAUCCAUUAAAAAAAAUAAAUCAACUAUAAAUAACCACUAGUAAGGGGAACAGUGAAGGAUUCUUCUUCUUGUUUUAACUUGAAAUCUACAAACAAAGUGUGCAAUAAUGAUUUUAUUUAUACUAAAGCUGAUCACUUGUGACUGUAUGACUGAAGGGAUGUUUGUUUAAUGUGUUCUUUGUCUUAUAGUGACAGAACUUUUCUAUUAAAAUUUGCUCUCUAUAUUAUGAAAAAGAUUGUAGCAAAGACUUUUUUGUA